AUGUUUGGAAAUAUCAAAUGUGAAAGAACAUUCAAACGAAAUAUUGAUCGUCUUUCUAAAACAGAUGCAAGUCCACAUCAUGUAGCCGUGGGAAAUUUUAAUCGCGAUGGUCAUACUGAUAUUGUAGUUGGUAAUUAUGCUUCUGAUAAUAUUGCAAUUCAUCUAAAUAAUGGAGAUGGAGAUUUUUCACAUCGAAUUAUAUAUUCACUCGAAAUUGGUUCUUCACCAAUUUGGAUUGCUGUCAACGAUUUUAAUAAUAAUAUACAACUUGAUAUUGCUGUGGCUAAUUAUGGUAGUCAUUGUGUAGAAAUAUAUCUUGACUUUAAUAAUGAAAAUUUUUCAAAUCAAUCAACAAUAUCAUUUGGCUCUUUACGUCCUGUUUCAUUAGCUGUUGGUAAUUUUAAUCGAGACAAUCGAACAGAUAUAGCUGUUGUUACAAACGGAACUUUUAAUCUAAUUCUUUUAUUCGGUUUUGGCGAUGGAUCAUUUAAAAUAAAUGCAAUUUAUGAUAUGGGUUAUGAUACAAUGCCAUAUUCAGUUGCUGCAACUGAUCUAAAUAAUGAUAAUCAAGAUGAUAUCGUUGUUGUUAAUUAUGGUACUAGCAAUCUAGUUAUAUUUAUGUCUAAUGACGAUGGAAAUUUUUCAAAAAGUAUAUACUCAACUGGAAGCAAUUCUCAUCCAUGUGUCGUUAGUUUUGGUAAUUUUAAUCAUGAUAAUUAUCUUGAUAUAGCUGUGAUUAAUUCUGCUAAUAAUACAGUUGGUAUUUUUUCCGGAAUAGGCGGUGGUAGAUUCACAUCUGUAGCCUUAUACUCAGGUCAAUCUACUUCUCAUCCACAAUUUUUGGUUACUGGAGAUUUUAAUCUGAAUAAUCUUACUAAUUUCAUUAUUGCAGAUACAGGAGUAAAUAGUAUAACUGUUGUGGAACAAUUUUCAGGUGGAGGCUAUGCAUUUACAUAUACACAUUCAAUGGGUGCAAAUUCGAAACCAUAUGCACUUGCUAUGGGAAAUUUCGAUAAUGACAACAAACCAGACGUAGUUGUUGCUAAUAGUGGUACUAAUUCAAUUGUGGUACUUCGAUCAUAUUCAAAUUUUCUCAGUGCCAAUCAAAACAAAUAUUCAACUGGUACACUUUGGUUUCCGAACUGUCUUGCUGUUGGCGAUUUCAAUAAUGACCAAAUUCUAGAUAUUAUUGUUGCUGGCUCAUUCUCCAAUUAUAUUAAUUUUUAUUUCGGAUAUGGUGAUGGCGAUUUCAUAUAUCAAGAAGCUAUUUCUUUGAAAGGACUAAGUGUUACACCAUAUUUAGUUGUCGUAAAUGAUUUUAAUAAUGAUGGAAACACUGAUUUGGUUGUGACUACGUAUGAUAAUAAUCAAAUACUCAUCUAUUUAGGACGAGGCAAUGGUGAUUUCUAUAAAAAAUUUAUAUAUUCGACUGAAGUAUCUUCGUUUCCAACUUCAAUUAUUCUUCAUGAUUUAAAUCAAGAUAAUAUUGUUGAUAUCGUCACAGCUAAUGCAAACGAUAAUACAAUAUCUGUAUUACUCGGACAUGGUGAUGGAACCUUUGCAAAUGCAACGAAUUAUUCGACAGGAAAUUCUACUUCUCCAAUAUAUGCAACUGUAGGUGACUUCAAUAAUGAUGGUUUAGUUGAUUUAAUAUCUGCAAAUUAUGAUACAGAUUCUUUAACAAUAUAUUUUGGUAAUGGUUAUGGAAUUUUUUCAAACCAAAUAUUUAUAUUCACGAGUAAUUACUAUGCAAAUAGUCUUGUUGUUCAAGAUUUGAACAAUGAUAAGGAUGAUGAUAUUAUAGCUAUCUUUCCCAGUUCAUCAUCGAUGGGUAUUUUCCUAGGAAAUGGUGAUGGAUCUUUUCAACAGAUGAAAAUCUAUUCAACAGAUGUAGGAAGUUUACCACUAUUUUCUUUUCUGGCUGAUUUUAAUAAAGAUGGUAUGAAAGAUAUUGCAAUUUUGGAUUCUGCCACGCCAAGUAUUAACAUAUUUUUCGGGUAUAAUAAUGGAUCAUUUUCUAAAAAACCUUCAAUACCCAUUGACAGUAGUUCGAGUUCUUAUUUCAUGGCUUCUGGUGACUUUAAUAAUGAUAGUGAAAUCGACAUUGUUGUCAGUAAUCUCGCUAAUGGUGAUAUAACUAUACUUCUCUUGCGAUAUCAAACUGAUUUUGCAAAUGAAACAUUUUAUUCGGAAGGCUCUCUAUCACGUCCAUUAUCAGUUGCUCUCGGUAAUUUCGGGCAAAGCCAUCAAUCUGGUAUUGUUGUUGCCAAUUCUGGAACUCAUACUGUGCAAAUAUUAUUUGAUUAUCAACAAGGAACAUUUAUGAACAAAACAACUUACAAGAUUGCUGAUAAUUCAUAUCCACAAUAUGUAGCUGUUGCUGAUUUUGAUAAGGAUGAUCAACAAGAUGUCGCCAUGAUUGAUUCUUGGAAUGCUGCUUUAAUAAUAUUUCUUACUGUUGAUAAUGGAAUAUUUGAUCAAAAAAGUGUUUAUUCAUUAGAAUCGAAAUCGUUUCCAAAUUCGAUUGGUGUUGGUGAUUUUAAUAAGGAUAGGUGGAUUGAUGUCGUUGUUACAAAUAAAAAUGCAAAUAAUAUCGCUGUAUACUUAGGAUUUGAUUAUCCAACAUUUGUUAGUUCGAAAAUGACUUUACAUCGACGUGAUUCUCUGGCAUAUUCUAUUGGUAUUGGUGAUUUCAAUAAUGAUUUUCGAUUGGAUAUGGCAAUUAUUAGUUAUGAAUCUAAUGUCAUAUCUGUGAUUUUCGGAUAUGGAGAUGAUGGUACAUUUGGAAAUGAACAACAACUGAACAUAGUUACAUUAAAAAACCCAUUAUGUCUAGUCGUUGAUGAUUUCAAUAACGAUACAGCAUUGGAUAUUGCUGUUACUAACAGGGCAGUGAAUUAUGAAGAUCCAACCAUAUAUGCUCUUCUUGGUAAAGGUGAUGGGACAUUUCCAGAAUAUACGUCCUUCUCAACAUCUGGUUUAGAUCCAGUUUUCAUGGUAACUGGUGAUGUUAAUAAUGAUAACAGAUUGGAUCUUGUUGUACUCAAUUUAGUUGAUAAUUAUAUUACAAUACUUAUAGGGUAUGGAAACGGAUCAUUUGAAAAAGAGAUAUUAUAUUCAAUGGAUCCAUCAUCUGAUCCAUCAUGGGCAGUUAUUAGUGAUUUUAACAAUGAUAAUAUAUUAGACAUUGCGGUAGCCGAUUAUGGCGGAAAUCAGAUGGGCAUUAUAUUGGGUUAUGGUGAUGGUAAUUUUAGAAAUGUUAUUGGUUAUCCAACUGGAGAAGAUUCCAAUCCUUGUACGAUUGAUAUUGGAGAUUUUAAUUCAGAUAGUCAUACUGAUAUCGUUGUCGCGAAUAAGAAUGGUAAGAAUGUUGCUAUAUUCUAUGGUUAUGGUAAUGGGACAUUCUCAUUAUUUACAUAUUAUGCGACUGGAUCUACAUCGAUGUUAUAUUCAAUAGUAGUUGUUGAUUUGAACAAUGAUAAACUUCUCGAUCUUGUUUAUUCCGACUGGGGAAAUGGUAUAGCUGUUAUUGGUGUAUUUUAUGGAUUAGGUAAUGGCAGAUUUUUACCAGUGAACACAUAUAAACUAGAUAUUAAUUCACAACCGACAAAGAUUGUAAUUGGUGAUUUUAAUAAUGAUAGUCGUUUAGAUUUAGCUGUGGCAAAUGCAAAUAAAAGAUUUAUAUAUGUCAUGCUUCGAAAUAAAACUCACCCGUUAGCACAACCUACUACGUUUUCAACAGGUGUUAACUCACGUCCUAGGUCAGUCAUUGUUAGUGAUUUUAAUAGUGAUAAUCAACUAGACAUCGCUGUUGCAAAUUCUGAAAUGAGUAAUAUUCUUAUUUUUCUUGGAGAUGGUAAUGGAAACUUUGCAAAGCAAGGAUACUAUUUAACUGGUCCUUCUUCAAAUCCUGUAUCUCUGGCUAUUGGAGAUUUUAAUAAUGAUAGACGAACUGAUAUUGUUGUAGUCAAUGCUAACAGUAGUAAUAUUUGUAUAUUCAUUGGAUAUUCAAAUGGUAGUUUUACAAUAUUAGAAACUUACUCAACAGGAGAGAAUUCUGAUCCAUCUUCGAUUGCUGUGGCAGAUUUGAAUAAAGACAAUCAAACUGAUAUUGUCGUUACUGAUAGUAGUACCAGUAACGUGCUUGUUUUCUUUGGACUCGGCAAUGGAAGUCUUUCAACACCAGACAGAUAUUCACUUGGUUAUAAUUCUAAUCCUGUAUCUGUUGCCAUUGGAGAUAUUAAUAAUGAUUCUUGGUUGGACAUCAUUGUUGCUAAUGCUGGUUCAGACUCUAUAGAAAUUCUAUUGCAGACGUGUUGA